AUGUUCGCAACAACCUUUGAACAUAACGAGACCGCCUACGGUUUCAACCUAAGAGGUUUCCAAGCUUUUGUUCCAGAUGCUUUCGGUUCUGAUCCAGGUAAAUUUGACAAUACUUUCGAGCCUCAAAUGGAACGCUAUUACAAUGAGAUCUACGUUUACGGUCCGGAUCCAAGGUUCCCAAUAUCACCUGCCGCAAUAGCAGGUGCUGCCGCAUACAAAGCUGUUCGAUCACAACCACCAAAGAUGCAUACCAUGCCAUAUUACGAGGAUUUUCAAACAAUUCAUUUACAGGCCAUUUCAAAUAUCAAGGCGGUGGCUGCUCAAGAAGCCCAAAAUCUGUUGGCACGUUUCCACCUACCCAACAUAGAUCCUAACAUCGUUAUUAUAUCAGCUGAAGCUGCCGCACAUCGGUUAUAUGAUCACGAAAAUAACGAUUAA